AUGGCAUCUUUGGAUUUUUCUGGGGCCAUACUCAUCCUGUUGAAAAAGGCAUUUGGGCCUCUUUUGGUGACUGAAUGUCAUGUUGGGUAUCCCAUAUGCAUUACCAUAGGAGUCUUGGUUCGAGAACACAGCAAGCUCUCAAAUCUGGAGAAAUUCUACUUUGCUUUUCCUGGAGAAAUUCUAAUGAGGAUGCUGAAACUCAUCAUUUUGCCGUUAAUUAUAUCCAGCAUGAUUACAGGUGUUGCUGCACUGGAUUCCAAUGUAUCUGGAAAAAUUGGUCUGCGUGCUGUCGUAUAUUAUUUCUGUACUACUGUCAUUGCUGUAAUUCUAGGUAUCGUGCUGGUGGUGAGCAUCAAACCUGGUGUCACCCAGAAGGUGGCUGAAAUCGACAGGACAGGCAACACCCCUGAAGUCAGCACAGUGGAUGCUAUGUUAGACCUCAUCAGGAAUAUGUUCCCUGAGAACCUUGUCCAAGCCUGUUUUCAGCAGUACAAAACCAAGCGUGAAGAAGUGAAGCCUCCCAGUGAUCCAGAGACAAACAUGACAGAAGAGUCCUUCACGGCCGUCAUGACAACUACUAUUGCCAAGAACAAAACAAAGGAAUAUAAAAUCGUAGGCAUGUAUUCAGAUGGCAUAAAUGUCUUGGGCUUGAUUGUCUUUUGCCUUGUCUUUGGACUUGUCAUUGGAAAAAUGGGAGAAAAGGGACAGAUUCUGGUGGAUUUCUUCAAUGCUUUGAGUGAUGCAACCAUGAAAAUUGUUCAGAUCAUCAUGUGCUACAUGCCAUUCGGUAUUUUGUUCCUGAUUGCCGGGAAGAUCAUAGAAGUUGAAGACUGGGAAAUAUUCCGCAAACUGGGCCUUUACAUGGCCACAGUCCUGAGUGGGCUUGCAAUCCACUCCAUUAUAAUACUCCCACUGAUAUAUUUUAUAGUUGUACGAAAAAACCCUUUUCGAUUUGCCAUGGGAAUGGCCCAGGCUCUCCUGACAGCUCUCAUGAUCUCUUCCAGUUCAGCAACACUGCCUGUCACCUUCCGCUGUGCCGAAGAAAAGAACCAGGUAGACAAGAGGAUCACAAGAUUCGUGUUGCCUGUUGGUGCUACAAUCAACAUGGAUGGGACUGCACUCUAUGAAGCAGUGGCUGCUGUGUUUAUUGCACAGUUGAAUGACCUGGACCUGGGCAUUGGGCAGAUCAUCACUAUCAGUGUCACAGCCACAGCUGCUAGCAUUGGAGCUGCUGGGGUGCCACAGGCUGGUCUGGUGACCAUGGUGAUUGUGCUGAGCGCCGUGGGCCUCCCUGCUGAGGAUGUCACUCUGAUCAUCGCUGUUGACUGGCUCCUGGACCGGUUCAGGACCAUGGUCAAUGUCCUCGGUGAUGCUUUCGGGACGGGUAUCGUGGAAAAGCUCUCUAAGAAGGAGCUGGAGCAGAUGGAUGUUUCAUCUGAAGUCAACAUUGUAAACCCCUUUGCCUUGGAAUCUACAAUACUGGAUAACGAAGACUCAGACACCAAGAAGUCCUAUGUCAAUGGAGGCUUUGCUGUAGACAAGUCUGACACCAUCUCAUUCACUCAGACCUCACAGUUCUAGAGCUCCUGACAGCAGAUUACUGGAUCGAUGAAGGACAUCUCCACGAGAGUCAUGGCAAACACUGAUAAAGGAAAACAGAAACACUAAUGGCCAAGUGUACAUUUGAUUUGAUAUACAGACCUCCAGAUUAUUUUCUAUAUUUGGAUUACAGCCUUUUUUCUCUGGGUUUUGGGAUUUGGGAGUGGGGUCAAAUGAAAGGAAAUCGAUUAAAAGGAAACUUGUAUUAUCUUGGUUUUAAAAGUUCUAUAAGAGACAAAGUUUGGAAGUAUAUAAAGUAAUAACUAUUAGCAUUUUGUCGUGGAUAUGGAAGAGAAAAUGCUUUCUUAUGUACAAACCAGCAUUUUGGGUUUAAAAAAAAAAUUCUGUCAUUGACUACAAAUUUUUACUCAGGCUUUCUAUUGACAUGGAUUUCCUUUGACCUCUCACUUUUUUAUAGAUUAUAAUGCAUCUAAACAACCCCUCCCCAGUUAAUGUGCCAAAUUGUCCAUUUUGAACUUAUCUCUAGCCAAUUUCAAAGAAAUUGCUUUGAAAGAAAACAGACCAGCCCAGUUCCGCAAUAACAGUUUUAAGGUAGGUGUAGGGUUUGGGGGAAGGGAGAUGUGUUCUUUUUUCAAUGUACUGUAUUAGGACACUGGUAACUGUAAACCCAGUGUUCAGUAUAGAGCUAUAUAUAUAUAUGUAUAUUUUAUUAUUUUCAUAUAAUUUGCCAGAAAUCAGAAUUCAACUGUCAAUGUGAAAUAAAGAGCUCUCCUUGUACUUGAAUAAUAACUACAAUUCCAACCUAGGUCUGCUUUGGGGCUUAUCAGAAUUCCUUUCUCAGGAGUGCUAGAAUGAGAAAUCAUGUUGUUUGAUCAAUUCACAUCUGUGUAUCAGCCCUAAAACAGAGAUAUAUUAUAGUGAUACUCCAAGGUGGUGUAGCUUCCCGAAGGGAAUCCAUAUCAGCUCUGUACAAGAUUAUAUGCAAAGAUGUUACUCACAAAAGGCUGAAUGUGCUUUUAUCCAACUGGAAGGCUUCACUCUUCCAAGUUCUGUCAUUCCCGCUUAAAGAGGUCAGUAUUUUGCCACUCUUGCACUUUCUUACCCAUUGAGGUCCAAACAAUUGUCACAAGCUACCAACUAAGUUGUAUUUUAAUGUAGAUGUGAUGGGUUAAACAAGCCACGUUGCAGAUCCCUACCCGGAUUCUUGCAGAAUAAAUCCUACAACAUGAGACACUGGUAUUAGUGGUUCAGGGGAAACUCUUUCAUUCUGUGACACUUGUCUCCUCCUCCAGAGAGGAUUUGCUCUGACUAGUAAUCUUGGCCCUACUCAUUAAAAUCCCCUGCUUGCCAUUUUCCUGAUAAUUUAUGAAAAUAGCUUAUUAAAGUGUGUUUCAGUUCUCAUCUUGUAAAUAAUGCUUAACAUAAACUUGUACUUAGGCACUGAGAUCCAAAAGAGUCAUGUUCUACAGUAUUGUAUAGCAACUUAAACCUGUGCUUUUAUAUUUAAAGAAACCAGAAAUUGUGCCAAAGAUAGUAGAAAAGUACAUAAAUGCUCAGUGUUGACCACUGCACCUGAAAUCUACGAUAGAAUGAUACUGAAUUGUCAUGUAAACAUCAUAAAGUGUGAACAAGAAUUCAAUGUGAAUUUUAAAAUGCAAAUAUUGGUCUUGUUUAUAGGAAAUAAAUCUAAAUCUAAAUGAAGUUGAAUCAGUAACUUAUCUUGGGCUGAAUGGUUCUAUCCCUUACCAGUUUGCCCCAACUAGUGGCACUAGUGUUGGCAGAGCUACUUGUGAACUGUGGGUCAUCCUUACUUUGGAGUCAGUUUGUAACCAGCCUCUUAACACACUGUGCUGUUAACUCAUAAAAGAGAACAAUGUUCCAUUUCAGCCUCAAUAAACAUUUCCCUCAUUCUU